AUGUCAAGCUUGAAGGAAAUAAGGGAACAACAUUUGUUCCAAGAUGGGGCUCUAUUUCGUGACAGCAGCACGAUUGGCAUGAGUGAAGGUACCACUGAGUGUAGCGGUGCCACUGUGGAGGUGAACUCCAGAUCGGACUGUGGGGCAGUGAGGGUAAUUUCUAAGCUUCGCCGUGUGGGCAUAAGGUGGAGCCGUGGUCUUGGCCAUGAGGCCGUGUGCUGGAGCUGUGCUGACGGCCAUGGGGCGGUGAGAUGGGAAGUUAGCCUCGGCCUAAGGCCAUGA